UGCUCAGUGGCGCUCCCCCCCCCGCCCCGGGGCGGGCGCGCAUGCGCGGUGGGGCCCGGGGGUUGCAGCAGCUCCAGCGCGGCGGCGGUUCGGGCUUCGGGGCUCGCGGGCGCGGGGAGAGGCGAUGGCCGACGACCUGGACUUCGAGACGGGCGACGCGGGGGCCUCGGCCACGUUCCCCAUGCAGUGCUCGGCGCUGCGCAAGAACGGCUUCGUGGUGCUCAAGGGCCGCCCCUGCAAGAUCGUGGAGAUGAGCACCUCCAAAACGGGCAAGCACGGCCACGCCAAGGUGCACCUGGUGGGCAUCGACAUCUUCACGGGCAAGAAGUACGAGGACAUCUGUCCGUCCACCCACAACAUGGACGUGCCCAACAUCAAACGGAACGACUUCCAGCUGAUCGGGAUCCAGGACGGGUACCUGUCGCUGCUCCAGGACAGCGGCGAGGUGCGGGAGGAUCUGCGGCUGCCGGAGGGGGAGCUGGGCCGGGAGAUCGAGCAGAAAUACGACUGCGGCGAGGAGAUCCUGAUCACGGUGCUGUCGGCGAUGACCGAGGAAGCCGCUGUCGCGAUCAAAGCCAUGGCCAAAUAGGGCAGGCGGCGCCGCCGGGGCCGGGCCGGCCCCUCCCCCACCCGGGGUGCACCUCCCCCCCCCCCGGGGCGCCCCUCCCCCACCCACACCCUGGGGGGGGGAGGGGAGGGGGGGAGGGGCUGAGCAGGGGGGAGGGGCCGAGCGGGGGGGAGGGGUCCCCCUGCCCCUCCCCCACCCCCCAAACCCCCCCCAGCCCCGCGGGGGGGGGAGGGGCGCCCCGGGAGGGGGAGGGGCGGCCCAGGCCCCGCCCCUGCUCUGGCCCCGCCCCCUCCUCUGGCCCCGCCCCCUCCCCCCUGGCUGGGGCCUCGGAUGGGAAAUCAAUAAAUCAAUAAAUAAUAAUAAUUAAC